CUGCUCCGGGCUCCAGAGUGAGUUCGCCACCGUGGUGUCGUGUGUGUGUGUCCGUCUGCUAUCCGCGGGAUGUGUGCUCGCCUCCCUCCUGGUGAUGUGGUGCCCCAGAACCUUUGAGCAAGGACUGAGAAAAUGAAGCGCAACUGAACCGAAUGGACGCCUCGACGGGAACUUUGAAUCCUCCUGAAGAUAGCAUGGAGGGCGCGGAGUUGAGGGUGAACGAGCUAUCGGAGCUCUACGAGAGGUCGGUGAACCGCGACGUCACCUCGGAGGACACCGACUCCGUCGCUGCCGGAGGAGGAGGGGGACCGACGCAGAGUGCGCGCAUCUUCAGAAUCGGGAUUUUGUUCCUGCAGCAAACGAAGUGCCUUCUCCUGGAACCGGGGCUACCCGUGCGUGUCGCCAAGCAAGCCGUGGUACAGGGCCUGGCGCAGGCUCCUCCGGACGAGCUCAACUACGGCCUCUUCCUCCCGGCGAGCCGCGGACGCGUCGGAAAGUUCCUGGACGAGGAGCGGCUGUUGGGAGAAUACCCACCACCGAACGACUCACCCGUGCCCUACCUCGAGUUCCGCUACAAGAGACGCUUGUACAAGCAAACAAACGUGGAUGAGAAGCUGAUUACCAAACUUAAUACCAAGGUCAAUCAGAAGAAGUUCAUGGAGUUGACUCUGCAGUUGGACACGGAGCAUCUGGUCCCGAUGCUCGAUCGGGGGCUCGACCCAAACUUUCACGACUCGGAAAAGGGCGAUUGUCCGUUGACGGCGGCCGCGCAGCUCGCCAACAGCACGGAGGUGGUGAAGGCGCUGGUAUGCGGAGGAGCGCACCUGGACUUCUGCGCUCGCGACGGCCUCACGGCACUGCACAAGGCGGCCCGAGCACGCAACCACCCCGUGCUGCAGACGCUGCUGGAGCUGGGAAUGUCGCCCGACGUGAGGGACAGCCGGGGCCUGUCGGCGCUCUACUACACGUGCGUGGCAGGCGGGGAGGCGCGCUCCUGCGAGACUCUGCUGUACGAGCGCGCGCAAGUCGGCUGUGCCGACGACAACGGCUGGCAAGAGAUCCACCAGACGUGCCGCCACGGCUACGUGCAGCACCUCGAGCUGCUGCUCUUCUACGGGGCCGACAUGUCGGCGAGGAACGCGUCCGGGAACACCGCCCUGCACAUCGCCGCCAUCUACGACCAGGAAAGCUGCACACAAGUGCUUCUCUUUCGCGGAGCCGACAAGGAGGUCAAGAACUUCAACAGCCAAAAUCCCUUCCAGGUGGCGAUUGUGGCAGGGAAUUUCGAUCUGGCAGAAACAAUUAAAGCGCACAAGAGCACCGACGUAGUGCCGUUCAACGAAGCUCCCCCGUACUCGGACCGACGGCGCCGGUUCAGCAUCCAGCCGACGGCGAUGGCGGCGGCGGCGAUGGCGGUGACGGCGCGCACGGAGCGCCGCCUGCUUCGGUCCAGCAGCGAGAAAGCGGGGCGCGUGACCGCCCGGCACGCCGCCGACGUGCCGGCGGGCGUCGCCACCGCCUCGGCGCAGGCCUCAAUGGCCCACUUCAGCUGCCCGUGGCCCGAGGCGCGGACCGAGUGGCCGCGGACGUCGAGCGAGCCGCGGCGGGGGCAGUCGGAACAGGAGGAGACGGAGACGCCGAGGGGCGGCUCCCUGGACGCGGAGCAGAGCAACUACGGCUCCUCGCGCACCCUGGACAGACCCAGAUCAUGUCCCAAGCAAAGCUGCCAGCGCAACUUGGACAACGCCCUGCCAGGCCGCGCGUAUGCCGUUCAGCAGGCCUAUCGGCCCCGGCGGGGCGGAGAAAUCCCUCUCGCCAUGGGAGACUUGGUCCACGUGCUUACAGUCGGGGAGGCGGGCAUGUGGGAGGGCAUCUCUGAAGGCAGGCGAGGAUGGUUCCCAAGCCAUUGCGUGCGGGAGGUGCAGCUGAGACAAACACAAGCUGUACACGAAGACAGAACCAAGCGACUGUUGAAACACCACACGGUCAGCUCGUUUGACGGGCUUCGGAAGUCCAGCAGCCAGUGCCCCUUCCCGGAGCGGACCGUCGUUCUGCACAAGAAGGACAACGAUGGCUUCGGCUUCGUCCUGCGAGGAGCGAAAGCGAACGUCCCCGUGCAGGAGUUCACCCCUUCGGCCGCGUUCCCAGCCCUGCAGUACCUCGAGUCCGUGGACGAGGACGGCGUGGCCAGCAGGGCUGGGCUGAAAGUCGGAGACUUCCUCAUCGAGGUGAACGGGGAGAACGUGGUGAAGGCCGGCCACCGGCAGGUGGUGCAGAUGAUCCGGCAGGGCGGCAACCGGCUGGAGCUCAAGGUCAUCACCGUCAGCCACCCGCCCAACGAUGAUGAAGGUGGACGGAGGAAAGCAGCGCCGAUGCCCCCCAAACGGGCGCCCUCCACAGGGCUGAGCAGCCGCUCCAAGUCGCAGUCGGACGAGCUGGACGAGACGGAGAAGCUGGACGCGCUCCUGGCCGCCGCCGCCACCGUCGCCCCCCACGCCGCGGCCUACGACAACGCGGCGGCGGACUCGCGUGCGGCCACGGUCCGGCAGAGGCCCACGAGCCGGCGGCUCACGCCCGGCGAGAUCUGCGAGCUGAUUGAGAGGCAGGGCGCCCGAGCCGCCACGGACGAGAAGCCCGUCAUGAGCGCCGCCCCACGACUCUGCAAGGCCCUCUCCAGGCAGAAGUCGACCGGAGUGAGCACAGAUGAGGAGUGGCUGCUCGCGCCGCCCCUCAAGUUCACACGCAGCGCCUCCGUGCCCGACGCCGGCGACGCUUUCGGGGGGAUACCCCCGCCGCCCCCCGACGCGCCGCCCCCGCCCCCCUCGGGCCCCACGUUCGACGUCGACCAGGCCCCCCCGCCCAACUUCACGCCUCCGCCCCCGCCGCCCGCGCGCUCCGGACCGCACCGCCCCGGAGAGCUUCCCGACCGGGGCUUCGCCGCCGAGCCCGGCCCGCCGCCCGCCGGCUCUUCUGUGGUCGGCGCCGAGGCCGGCGGCGCGUCCGAGGUGCCGCCCGCCGGCUCGGCCACGCUGAACAAGUACGGCAGCGGCAGGCGCGGCGGUGCCAAGCCCGUCAACCCCUACGCCACCGUCGGGCAGAGCGGCGGGGCGCUGCUCUACUCGCCCAAGCCGCUGCGCCGCAAGGCGACGCUCGUCAAGCAGUGCCACGUAGAGGGCAGCCCCGAGAAACGGCCGUCGUCGCCGCCCGCGCCGCCCGCGCCGCCCCCGCCGCAGACGCCCACGACGCCCGGCGCCCCGUGCCUCGCGCCCAACCCCAUCGCCAUCGUGCCCACCAUCAUCAUCAAGGAGCCCUCCACCAGCAGCAGCGGCAAGAGCAGCCAGGGCAGCAGCGUCGAGUUCGAGUCGCACUUCGGCACCUGCGGCGGCAUCGGAGGCUUCAGCGUCGCCGGCGGCGGCGGCGGCGACGGCUCCGAGACGCUCAGCCCCGAGGGCUCGGCUGUGAGCCCCCUGCAGGCCGCCCUCGUCGACGCCGUGCGGGAGCGGCAGCUUCGCGAGCGGCGCCGAUCGGCCAACUUCCUGUCCGUGGACGGGAGCAACGGGAAUGCGGACAAAAACCGGGACCAGGAUCGGGGCAACCACCGCUCGGUGCCCGCGCGACUUCGGCUGCAGCACUCCAAGUCCGUCGACGAGAACCUGCCCCCGCCGGACGAGCCGGAGAUAAGCCCCUCGACUGCCGGCAGCGGGACGGGCCAAUCCCCGAGGGGGGGGGCGAUGGCCUUCGUGGACCCCGCGUCCCCGCUGGCGCUCGCCCUGGCUGCCAGGCACAGGGCCCUCAAGGGCUGCGGCGAGACUGUCCGUGGAGCUGGACGAGUGCGCCGCCACCGCCGGCAACAACAACAACAACAACGCGAGCGCCGGCAGCUCCAUGCAGCCACUGUACAUCGACACGCACAGCAGGGAUGUCGCGCGGGCAGGCGGCGCGGCCUUCCCCGAGAGCUUCGCCAGCGACCUCAAGUCGUGCUUGGACAGCUUCGCGGCCAAAACGUGCAAGGCGUCCAACGAGCCGGGAGCGCCGGUCUUCUCCAAGCUCCCACCUGGAGGUAACCGGAGGCGGACGCGAGGUUUGAGCCCGCGGAGAAGCGAGUGGCGGAGAGGAAAACCGUCGUGAUGAGCGUCAUGGAGGAUGGCGGAGGCAGGUCGGGCGCCGCCGGCCUGCUCAUGGUGCACAACUCCAAAGGGCCCGCCGAGAAAGGGAAGAAGAAACUCGAAGGGGGCAGCGUCAGCGAUAAAAUCCGCCGGUUCUCCGAGAGCUUCACGCUGUCGGGGCCCCUGACGGAGAUCGAGGUGUUGGACCCGGGAGGGGGCACGCAGCGCAUCCUACAGCCUCCGUCCUCCAUCCCGCGGCCACCCGGCAUGCCGUGCGCGCAGCUGAGCCUCGAGUACACGGAGGAGACCGUCGUGAUCCCCGCGCCGCUCGCGAGGCAGAACAGCGACGUGGAGGAAGACUUCGUGUUCACCGACCCCCUGCCGCCACCCAUUGAGUUUAUGAACGAGAUGUCCGUGGACGACCCGGACGAACUGGGCGGUCGCGAGAUCACAGCUGCCGCCGCCGCGAAGGCCCGGGGAGGGGGGAAAACGACCCAGGGCAACUGCGUGGCGAGAAGCGUGUGCCCCAGUGAAGUGACGUCGUUCACCGUCACGUCGAUCACUGACGUGAUGCUCAGUGUGGGCGGCGGCGGCACCGGCGGGAUGUCGCGGUUCGGGCCCAGCCCUCCCCACGACGCGCUCGACACGAGCACAGACUCGGGCAUGGAGGAGAUGGAGCGGGGCAGCUGCAGCGACCACCACCUGGAGACUACGAGCACCGUCUCGACGGUCUCCAGCAUCUCCACGCUGUCGUCCGAGGGCGGCGAGACGCUGGACACGUGCACACUGUACGCCGACGGGCAGCACUUUGCCGCGCCCGACCGGCCCCUCACGCUGCCGCUGCCGCCCGUGCCGCCCAAGCCCAAGCACCGGUCGGCGCCAUUCUCAGGCCUCUACCGCGACCUGCUCGUCAAGCGCAACUCGGAGAGCUCGCUGCUGGUGCGGCCCUCGGCUCCGGCGCCGCUCACGAUCUCCGCCGCCCUCUCCUCGCACAACAACAUGUCCAGGUUUCAGCAACAGCAGCAGCAGCUGUGUGCGGGACUGGCCUGGCACUGGACAGAGCAGCAACAACAGCACAUGCAGCAACAGCAUAAGCAGCAGCAGCAACAGCAACAACAACAGCAGCAGCAACAGCAGCAGCAGCAACAACAACAACAACAGCAGCAGCAGCAGCGGCAGCGGUUGUUGGCCGCCCUGCCUCCGCCACCGUCAGGAGAGACGAAAGCGGCGGCGGCGGAGAACGAGACGGAGACGGACAUCGAGGCGGACGUGGACGGGGAGAGUGAGUCGUGGGGCGACACGCACGUCGCGUCGCAAACCAAGGCGAGCAUCAUCAGCGAGCUGAGCCUGCGGCUCAGCAGCUGUCGGGGCGCGGCGCCGGCGCCGGCCCACAGAGGCCAACGUCGCCCAUCCAGGGGAGGAAGUCCCCCGGUCCGUCCAAUAGCAAGCGGCGGCCGAAUUUAUAAACGCGUGCGCAGACGGAGCCGUUCCUCUUCAUUUCAUGCUUCUGUCGUUCGAUGUCACCUAUCGCUUAAAGUCGCUUUUACGUGUUCUUAUUAUUUUACGUGCCAUACUGUACUGUGUUUCAUUCGUGCAUUGCGUAUUUUUUUAAUUGUUUUUUUUAUCUGUGCGUUGCGUGUUCCUUCUUUGCGAGUGAGCGGCAGCGUGGAGGUGUCGAUUAAUGUGCCUUUAUUUCUGCUUUUCCAUGCACGCACCUCAUGCCCACUCUGUGUGCUCGGUCAAGUGAGAGCCAGGCGUGCAGCUGGGGAAAGUGAGGAGCCGCAGCGACCGAGGCCGCCGACCCCGGCUCUGAACCCGGCGGGCGCCGGCGCCGUGGAUCGCCCGUCCCUGCGCCGCGUCCUCCGCUGCAACCCGCCGCGGGCGCUGCCGGGCUGCGACGGCGGCGCCCGCUCCGACACGGGGCCCCAGCGCGGCGGCGGCAGCGGCACCAUCGCGACCGCGUCCUCCUUCCCCAACAUCGCCACCAUCUCCUCCUCCGGCGCCACGCCCAUCAGCCCCAUCAAGGAGCUUCGCUUCUCGCUGCGCUCGCCGGCCAAGACGUCGUACGGUGGCUCCAGGCGGCCGCACCAGCUGCCGCUGGCGGGCGCCGCGGACAGCGUGCCAGUCGCCUCUUCCUACCCCGACCUGUCGCCGUCGGCGAGCCCGUUGCGCGAGUCGGCGUUCCCCUUCCACCAGGCGGACCCGCCCUACGGCGACUCGAGGCGCAGCGCCGUCUCCCCGUCGGCGUCCUCGCCCAGCAUCUUGCAGACCGUGGGCUUCACCCCGCCCAGCCCCUCGCAGCCCUACCCGCCGCCGCCGCCUCCGCCACACGAACUGCCCGACAGCGGCGGCUACUGCGACGUCAGACGGUCGUCCGCCACCACCUUCUUCCCCGCGCCCCCCAUGUCCCCGACGCCGGCGCUCGCCCAGCUCUCGGUGCUCUGCCCGCUGAGCCCGCGCUCGCGGGAGAACCGGCUCGCCGGCGUCGGCGGUACCGGCGGCGGAGCGGGCAGCAUGCGCAGCCGCUCGGUGUCACCGUGCCCCGGGCGGUCGCCGUACCGCGCCCUCGCCACGCGCGACCCCAGCCUUUCACCACGGCACUCGCCCUACCGUACGCCUAGCCCUUCGCGGGUGCCCUCCGCGCGCCGGCCGCUCUCGCCCGGCACGCCGCUGCAGGACGCCGCCCUCAUGCCCUCCUGGCCGCCCCUGCCCUCGGACAGGCCAUUCACGCGCAAGCCCCUGCACCUGUGGACCAAGUACGAUGUCGGGGACUGGCUCGAGAGCCUCAACCUGGCCGAGCACCGCGAGAGCUUCCUCGACAACGAGAUCGACGGCACCCACCUGCCCGCCCUGCAGAAGGAGGACCUCCUGGAGCUCGGGGUCACUCGGGUCGGCCACCGCAUGAACAUCGAGCGCGCCCUCCGGAUUCUGCUGGACAGAUAACCCGGGGCGAGGGGGGUGGCAGCGUGGCCCGUCUCGCGCGGUUUUGUUGAGAAACGUCGGCCUUGGCUCGAGCCUGUGAUCGGCCAUCCAAGCAAUAACGACGGAUUGACGGAGCGGAAACUUCGUGCCCGUCGCCGCAGCGCGUCGCGUCGCCCGAGCACAUUUGGACGGGGACGGAUCCUCGACGAAGGCCGGAGGAGACGGCGGAGCUGGCAGAGCUGGCGUGCCGAAGCGGGGAUCAGCCGUGAAGAUUCCUGCGAGGGCGAGUGUAAGGGGUGCUCACGUAGGACAGGCUUCGGAAAUGCGGCACGGCGCAAUGCGUCUGAAUGGGUUUCCAAGAGAGCCUUGGAUGUUCGGCUUGGGCUUGAAGACGUUGCUUUAAAUAUAAAUUGCGUUUGAAAUCGCAAAUAAUAUCGACGUGGGGAAUUUCGAUGGGAACUUGUCGUUAUUUUGAUCUGCUGCUAAUAACGGAGAAGAUGCUUAAGGAAAUCGCCGCCAGGAUGGACGACUUUGUGGGGGAAGUGGGGGGUUCCCCCCUCCCCCCCCCGCUUAAUUAUAAGUUAUCUGAAUGAAAGAUCAACUUCGAUAUGAAGACUCUCAUUUGUUACGGUAAUUAUUGUACGGACCUGCACUGUCGCGGCAGGUUUGGGGUUCCCAUUUAGAAUGCACGCGCGGGCACACGCGCACACGCGCACACGCGACGCAAGUUUCGGACACCUUUCGAUCCGAGCAUUUUCAGGGUCACCCGCGCGGGAGUGACGACUCGCCUACAUUGCAGGCGCUGCAGUCCCACCUAUCCAACCCCCACCCCUCUAACCCUCUGUGACAAACGCAGCCCACAGCUUCAUGCCAAUGCCAAUCUCAAUAGGGCUACAACUGAAAACAAGAGAGGACCGGCAUAAGCUUAACUGUACGCUUUCUUUUUUAAAUGUUUACGGUUAUUUUUUUGAAAAUAAACCACAGCAACAAAAAUGAGAUUAUUGAAUAAGUCAACGACAAGCAGAUAUAAAUCCAAAACGAGCCGUCCACUGGGGUCCCUGAGUGUGAACUCGCUGGCGCAUCGUGCUGUUUGUUUGCUGUUGUUGUUGUUGUGUUGAGACGGCUCGUGGACGUUUGUCAUAUUGAUCACAGCAGGUGCUCGCUUGCGUCCGGUGAAGGGAAAGGGCAAGCGUUGAGAUGCGACGAUGAAACUGCGGCGCUCGGAUCGGAUCGCGGUUUGGACGAAAAAAACAACGCUUUCCGCAGACGGCAGGUCGGCGGCCAUGCCACAUUUAUACGAAAGCUAUCAAAUCAAACUCAAAGUCGAACGCAGUCGAAAUGAUGUGAGAGAGCGAGAGAAAUAAAAAAAAAUCUCCCAAUUAACACGGCUAAAAAAAGGACUCUUGCACAUCUGCUGCGAUGGUGGUGUGAAAGGCACAGGGAUUCGGUCGCGAAAAGUGUCACUUUCGGGAGCGCUCUUCGGAACAGGGUGUCGAUUAUCGAAUGCCGAGUCUGCUCCCAGCGAGAGAGAGAGAAUAUAAAUAUAACUGCGUUAAUCAAUCCCAUUCAACGUAAAGUCAAAUCGACAAGCAUUCACGGCGGAGUGCGGCGGUGUGCGGCGGUGGGGUUGGAAUUGUUUUCGUUCGUUUGUUCAUUAUCAAGAGUGUGCAAAACGUGGUUGUGCCCGUCCGGAUUGAUAUGGCAGCUAUUGACAGGGCGGAGUGGCAGCGCCCAACGCGGCGCCUCGCAUUUAAAGCGACUGCGCCCCAUCGCAAGCCUCGUUGGCGCGGCAUUCUUAGGGCGCCGGCGCGGGCGGGCGGGCAGGCAGUUGCCAAACGUGCCGAGCCGAUGUGAUAGUACAGGCUCCUGUCAGCCGACAAUUUAGGCGAGGGGUAAACGGGUUGGAUAAAGGCGCAGCCGUCCGCGUUAGAAGCACUGCUCCAAAUUUGAUUCCCCCCCCCCGCCACACACACACACCUGUCCGUCGUGACGCGGUUACCGCGCGGCCCGUCCACGUUCAAACGUCCGCGCGCCGCCGCCUCGUUUGUGCGCGUGGGCACGCGCCUCAUUUUGAGCGCCGACACGUAAAAAAAUAAAAACCCCUCCUUUUGGAGGCCGUCAGCAUUCGAGUCGAUUUUAAACGGUUUCGUACUCGCAAACGUCACGCGGCAUGUUGAUCAUGUGCGGCCCGGUGGCAGCGCUGCGGAGGGGCAGCGCACGUAAGAUAAGGGACUUAUCUUAAGACGCAUUGAACGGCUUUUUUUGUUGUUUCCUCUUGAUGUUGAGCAUCAAUCUGUAUAAAGCCCUUGGAAAUUUUAAUUAUCUUUGCUGGAAGUGGGGGGAAGGCCGGGGGCGGGGGGCGCGGAUACAGGACCAACUUCGUUUGAAACAAAGAGGGGGAUAUGUCGAUGAAGGUUUGGCCCUAAAAGCUAUAAUAAGAGUGUCAAAUGUUGCGUAUUAAUAUUAUCAGCACAAAUGUACCAUGGAUUUUAUAUGCUUAUAUUUUCACUAUUAUCGUCGUCGUCGUCGUCAUCAUCAUAUUUUAUUGUGAUUCUAUUUUCUUUGGGAAUAGUCCAGAGUGUGAUUAUCCGAUCGUUAUUUCGGAACAUUUUAUGAAGUGGAAUAACUCUACGGUGCAUUAAUGCAUGCAAGUGGAGACAAUGGAGAAAUUGGGGUUCAUUUGAAAGUAGUAUCAAGAAAUACGAAACAUCUCUGGAUUCUACCCCCAGCCCACAGUACUAGCUGUGGUAGCAUCUGAAACCUGUAUUUGGGUUCUGCACUGGCCUAGUCAUUGCAUUGAACCACCUAAUCGGCAAUGGGUCAGGACACGCAACUGCAGACCGUAGGGGUGGAAUGAUACAUUAAAAAAAUGAAAUCGCAGUGAAUAGCAAAUGAAAUCGAUGCAGCGGCGACGCAAGUCAAUUCUCAAACCCAAGAUUCUACGCAUUUAUCGCGUGUGAGAUUCAAUAUUGAAGGAGUGAAUAAUUCCACUCCUACCACAUUACCUAAUUUCCCGUUAUCCGACGUUGCUCGUGCAGGAUUUUUGUCCUUGUAGAGGACGGGACGGGGGAAGUUUUUAUUUACGUGUGACAUAUCUGCCCAGACUAACCCUUCCAGGAAGAGGCCUGGCACUUUGUUGAAUUAAAACCGUCACUGGUUCAUACUUUGUCAUCAGUGUUUACUCAAUAUUAUUGGGGCUACAGAACUUGUUUGUUUCAUGUACCUCUCCUUUUUAUUUAAAUAUUAGAUAUAUUACUGAACCACUGACCACAACAAAAUACAUUCCACACACGUGUUUGUUUUUUUACCGAUAUUAUUUAUUUUCAAAGUAGAUUUUUUUUUGACAGUCUCUGGAAGUGUAUUUCUCAUGGACUGUGGCGGUUUCGCAUGCCUUGAACCUGGCCACUCGUUAAGACUGUUUCAUCGUUGUAAAGACACAAGCCCGUUGGCUACGAUGUGUGGCGCACGUCGCGAUCACCCUUGCGUUUGGUGUGGCCCGAAAGGAACGACCAGCUCCUCUCCAGCGCAACACAAACGGUCGACCCGCUGUGCUUCAAGGGCAUCAGCCAUGGCUGUUACUGGUGUUCCCCACCGCCAUCACAGAAAAGCGGCCUCUGUCGCUCAUUGUCAGCUGUCGGGAACAGACGCGUGUUCUCUUCUGUUCCGUCAAUCCCGACAGAUUUUCCUCGCUGCACCCGAGACCACUGACAAAGGGGGCCUUGAAGUCUGCGGAGCACAGCUACAGCCAUGGGCUGAACAAGUGUCACCACUCGGAACACCAAGGGUGGCUUAUAUUGCUAGCUUUAUAUUUGGGUAACCAUACGUUGUUUUACAUAUUUACGUAUUUCGAGUUUUUUUUUUUAAACAGAAGCUAUUGUAGAUGACACAACCAGGGUUGUAGGCACAUAUCAAUAGAUUAAAUGUGUGCGAACUGAUGUGAUGUUUGGCAGCUGAAAAAAAAACCCCGCCCCGUAUGUUUGAUACUGUGUCUGGGUUUACCUUCACAUUUGUAAAAUGUACUAUCCUUCUUUUCAGUGUCCAGUGGGACGGGAACACCUCUUUUUCUGAUGAUGAGAAUUAGAAAUACUGCACGGCCGGUACUUUGACAUCAAAGCUGUACAUUUGUAAAUAUGCGGAGAGCCAAAAGGCAUGCCAUGUGUGUUUGGGUUUUGAAUCUGCCCGUGCAGUGAAUUGAAAUGUCUCAUCAUCAAUGCAAAGGCUUUUUUUUCCUUUUCCCUGCACAAGCAGGUUGUUACGGAAUCAAUUAUCAGAAUUUUUGCGUCAUCAUACGAAUAUAGUAUUAUAGGAUUUAAUCACGGAAAGUAACUAUCAUUGGUGAACUUCUGUAAAGUGUACAGGUACAUUAUAUUUUAUAUUUUGUCACAAUUGAUGCAAUUAACCUUUUAAAAAACUAUAUUCACACAAAUAGGACGUGUUAUUUUUCUCUUCACUGGUGAAUGUAUCGAAUUAAUGUGUACAUAUUAAGGUUGGAAUUAGAAAACAUUUAUGUUCUUGUCGUUUGGUGGUAUACGGUACCACCGUUUCAGUCGGUGCAGGGGGCGCUCCUGGGAUUUACGAUGGGGUCGCACGCUGCACACUUACGGUCCUGGGUUCGUUUCAAGAUUCCCUUGGAACAAUCAGGGUCUCCAGAGGGGAGGGGGGUAGAUUGGAGAAUAAAAGAUGGCAAUGGCAAAUAUCUCAUUUCGCUUCAUGAAUGUUAAUCCUUUCCAAUGCAAAAAAAAAGUCAAAACAAGUUCACAAUCCGGGAAACAUUUUCUAUCAACCUUCACAUUUAUGGGGACUGUAUUUUAUUGUUUACCUGAGGAUUGGAGUUGUUUUGCAAAACAGGAAAACCUGCAUAUGGUACCGUGUAUCCCAAUAUUGCAGAGUUAUUUAAUGGGCAAUUAUGCUUACGUUGAUGUAACAGACCGGACCGCUUUGCCGGUCAAUAACCACCUAACCACAAUGCACUCCUCCUUCCUGUACACCACCAUUGGGAAAACUCCCACCAUCAGUUCACAUUUUUCCUUCUGGUUUUGUGGUCCACAGAGAUAUUUGCUGCUGUAAGGUUGAGUCAAACAAACUUUACAACUGCGUAGGAUUUCGCGGUUGUGCCGUGUACAGCCCGCCAGUGUGUUUUCGGGUUGUGCCGCACGUGUUGUUGGCAUGAUGUCCGACGUUUCACUCCGCGUGCUCCGUGCUGCUUCAGGAACUGGAUACUCAGCUAUUGACUUCUUGAAGAAGCUCGCAGCACUCCCAGUGACACGUUGGGCAACACGCUGAACAACGACACGGUACAACCGACAAACACAUCGGAGGACCUCACUUUUACAUUCUCCAUCCGCCCACAAUUGCCUCAAAAUGGAAACUAUCAUGUGCUGCCAUGGCCAGUCCAGGGGCAGCAUGUCGUUGUCCAAGUGCUGGAGUUUUUUUUUCUUCCACCGGAGUGAUUAAAACUCGCGUGAUGUGCAGUGGGAAUGAAGGGUGGAUACAAAGGCCACCCUGGCGUUCAUUUAUUUUGCAUCGGCUCCCUUACAGAGGGCCCACCGCACAGAGUUCACUGGAGUUCUGAGUGGCGAUUGUCUCAUUUAUUAUGGAGACAUCUCCUGGGGAUGUUCUCUUUUUGUGUUACUCACGUUGUGGUCCAGGUAUGUUUCAUCUAAUAUAUCUUGCCUUUUUUAUCCUGCUAGGAGUUGGAAUUUUAAAUGUUUCUUCCCCUGUACUAUCACUCACUGCUCAUAGUUUUCGUUGAAAUAAAAGGAGGCUACAUUUAAACAUCAA